AGUGCAUUUUGUAUCAAAGGCGGAUCUUGAUAGCGGUAUAGGGGUCGUGGCCACGGUUGGGAAGGUGGUAAUCGAGCACAUCAAUAUGGAGGUCGUCAUCGUUGUAAACUCGCGAGCAUAUGGCUCAUAAACUCAUUUUCUGAUACAUAUGUGCCGCAUUGCUACAUUUUGCGACAUGCUUAGGCAAACGAUAGGCUACACAUUAAACUAUUAUGCUUUUAGAUGUUUACUUAUGAUAGGUACAGAUCAAAGAUAUGUAGUCUUUCAACAAUGAAAUAGGGUGCAAGAUCGAAAUGCUCGUAUGUCGCCCAGCUGGACACCAUGACAACAUAUCAGAGACUCGUUGUUCAAUUGGAUACAUUUCCUGAGCUCGUCGUCUUGAGACAUCAUGAGGCCGACACGGACCGGGCCAGGGAGUACCGGGCGGCCGUGCGACUGCAGAGCUGGGUGCGCGGGUACCGUAUUCGGGACCGGCUGCGUCGUCUACACCAGCUGGCGGCCGUGAUCCAGCGCCACUGGCGGGGCUACCUGGGCCGACGAUACUACCGCCGGCUGCUCCAGGAGACUGUACUGCGAGCGCAGGCCGACUAUUACAGGAGACAGGCGACCCUGAUCCAGAAAACAUGGCGCGGUUUUCGCUCGCGCCUCUUCGUGUUCAACUUUGCCGAGUGGAAGGGCUACCUGAACUUCGUGGCCGACCAGAAUGAUGAGCUGAGGGUUCAGUGCGCCCUGGAGUGUCGACGGCUGAGUGAGGAGCGGAAGACGGUCUGCUCCUCGGAGAUCCUACAGCAGAAGACGCUCAUCAAGACACACCACAUGAUCAGCACUAAGACGAUACCGGGCGUCUACAACUCACCAUAUCACAGGGAGAGGAUUGGUAUCGAGAAGCAUUUGGCCAGCAUUCGGUUCCCGGUUCGUCCAACGAAGAAACCCAAAACCAAACCCGAAGACAAAGUAGAAGACGAUAAAUCCGCAUGGGGGGCUUCCAAAUUGCAGGGCCCGUUUCUGCCGCCGCUGGAGCUGCGCCGCCGCCUCAGUCGGCGGCCCUGUCAGUCUCUGCGCACCGCUGAGCCGUUCGAGAACACAGAGGCGGCCGUGCGCGACCAGAGGCGACUGGCCAAGGUGCACUGUGUCUCCGAACAGCCGUUCCGGCCUCCGACUGCACACCUACUACCUCCACUCCUAUCCUCGGUACACGCGAGCGUCCCGUAUCGUCCCCCACCGCCCUUCCGGGAGACGGACAGCAGUCGAUUCGUCGGCAGCGGUGACUUCCGCCGCGUCCUGAGACCCGUCGAGACCUUCGACGGGUGUGUGUAGACCGGCGGGGUCGCCGGAGGUGGGUGAUAGUGGUCUGACGAACUGUUUGGUGACGGUUAGUGCUGUCUGGAGGUGGCUGUUGGGAUCUCUGCGGCGCAGUAGACGAUAUGCAGUCGGGAGGCUGGUUGGCGCUGGGUAAAUUUCGUUUGUCUGAAGCGUCUGGAUGCUUGCAGUCUGUAAGCGUGAGAAAAUUGUGUCUUGUUUUAUUAUUUGUAUGUGAGGGAAUGUUAUAUCUCCCAUGGUCAACAAAAACCGGAAGUUUGUUCGACCUUCCGCCCCCUCCCCUAUACAUAAGGGCGAGCGUCAAGAUGCAUUUUGUUGCACACAAAGGUAUUAUUGGAUUUUAUUGCAGUGUAUUGACACAACACACUGGUGUUGUCAUAAAUACUCGUACGACAGCUCGAUAAUACCAUUCUGCGAGCUCAGCACUAAGGCGAGUACGCUAGGCAGCUCAUUUUACACAGAUACAAUACCGAACCGAAUCUAUUGGCACAUCUGAAAACAUAGUAACUGAAAAUAUAGCGAUAUCGAAGAA